AUGUCUGCCAUUAACAAAGACAAUGCGAUGCAAACCUCAAACGACACCCCAAGCACAAACCCAUUGUCUCCAGUCGUUCAUUUGCAAUAUGUCCAGAGAUACUCUGGCUCCCAGUCAGCGAGUCCGGUUUAUGAAGGCUUCACCUUUAUCAAGGCUAUGCCCAAACAAAGUGCAACCUGGACUUGUGUGAAACGGAUAGUCAUGGAGCUGAAUCAAGAUGAAUACAUCGAGAUGGUUCAGAAGAGGGCAGACCGGAAGUCCCCAGUGCAGCAAUAUAGGAACCUAUCCUCCGAUAACAUGCGCGCUCAUAUAAAUCAACUGAUUGACGAGCAAAAGAACAAUAAUCCACUUGCCGAGUGGAGUUGUGUUUACGUCAAAGAGCACUUAAAGGUAUCCAAGGCCCGACGCGCUCAUCGCAGUGACCAUGAAACAGUCUCCAUGGAUGUCAUCAUCAUGCAAAGGCCCAUGAAGACCCAAGCAUUUUCCAGAACCUUGAUGGGUGGUUCAGUGGCUAUUGGGAAACCUCUUCCGUCGGAUACAGAUAACCCACCUGUGUGGUCUCAUCACAGAGAUCAUCAUCUGAUGCCCAAUCAAAAUGGGAAUAUUUUGCGACCUAUACUGCAUGAUUUGCCUCCCCAAUUGGCUCCACCAAUGAACUAUUUUCCACGAUUGGUUUCAACCCGGGCUUCCUACGGGGAUCCAAAUGGCCAGCAGUUUGAAGCCACACAUCCACACGAUGAGACAAGUCAUCCUGCAGGAUCGCGGGACCAGCUCCGUGAAUCCGCCCAGUCACCUGUAACCAUCAACAAUAGGCCAGCAAGUCCUGCCCUCAGUGCCACAAACAGCAGCGACAUGAGUCCUGAGGAUACUUCAGAUUGUUCAUCGGAAAGCAACAGCGACCCAGAUGAUGCAUCUAUGCUUUCUGACGAAUCUGACGACACAACUGCAACAGACGACCUAGAAAGCAUGGAAACUGAAACCGAGACUGAGUGUCAGGAGCCACAGCCAAACCAGACCUCUUUCCGACAACAGAAUGCCACUCCUUAUCGCCGCGAGUCGAGUUAUGGGCCUCACUCUCGCCGAAAGUCCCAAAGCCGUAGCCUUGACAGAAGAAAUGACAGGAAUUAUCACCUCCGCGACCAAUUUGAGGUACCAGCCAAGAUUCUUAGCCCUAGACGGGCUGAAGGGGCUCGGUCAGGCUCAGUGCCUGGUAAAAGGUAUAGAACGCAGCUGAUGAACGAUAACGAGGUCCGAAGCCGAAUGCUUGAUCGCCGUGAAGAAAGUCUUGGACAUCGGGAGAAAUGGCUGAAGAGAACCUUUUCCGAAGCGCGUCAGCUCGAGCGUCGUCAACCAGUGAGGAAUCCGCCAACAGUGUGUCGUUGUACAUGUCGUUGUGCUAUCAAAGAGAAGAAAUAA